AAAGAUUUCUAGAGGGCGUGUUGUCAACAGGAAGUUGUAAUCAACCGCGGGAAGUUUAAUUUGGCGCCAGAUAUUGAGAAAGAAGACAAAGAAACGUCCAACAAAAAACCUACAAAUUCUUGAAUUUAUUUUCAUUUACCUGAAAAUUAUAGCAGAUACAAUGUUUGUCAACAAAAGAGAUGGGAGACAAGAAAAGGUUAUGUUUGACAAGAUCACGUCAAGAAUACAGAAGCUGUGCUAUGGAUUGAACUCAGAUUUUGUAGACCCUGCAGCAAUUACGUUGAAGGUUAUAAAUGGAUUAUAUCCAGGUGUCACCACUGUGGAACUUGACAAUCUGGCUGCCGAAACUGCUGCUACUAUGACAACCAAACAUCCAGAUUAUGCCCAAUUGGCUGCCAGAAUUGCUAUCUCAAAUUUGCACAAGGAAACAAAGAAAGUCUUCAGUGAGGUCAGUGAUGAUUUAUAUAAAUGGAUCAAUCCAAAAACAGGAAAACAUUCACCAAUGAUCUCAAAGGAAACCCAUGAAAUCAUCAUGAAACAUGCUGAUAAACUGAAUUCAGCAAUGAUCUAUGACAGAGAUUUCAGCUACAACUAUUUUGGGUUCAAGACGUUGGAAAGGUCAUAUCUGUUGAAAAUUGACCAGAAAGUUGCUGAACGUCCCCAACACAUGUUGAUGAGAGUUGCUGUAGGAAUACACGAAAAUGAUAUAGAGGCUGCUAUUGAGACCUACAAUUUGUUGUCAGAGAAAUGGUUCACUCAUGCCUCACCAACAUUGUUCAAUGCUGGAACAUGUCGACCCCAGCUGUCAAGCUGUUUCUUAUUGACCAUGCAUUCAGACAGUAUUGAGGGGAUCUACGACACCUUGAAACAAUGUGCCCUUAUAUCCAAAUCAGCAGGCGGGAUAGGACUUAAUGUACAUAACAUAAGAGCUACAGGAAGCUACAUUGCUGGGACAAAUGGAAUUUCAAAUGGAUUGUUGCCAAUGUUGAGAGUUUACAACAACACAGCCAGAUAUGUUGACCAAGGAGGCAAUAAGAGACCAGGUGCCUUCGCAAUAUACCUUGAACCAUGGCAUGCAGAUAUCUUUGAUUUCUUGGACUGUAAGAAAAACACAGGAAAGGAAGAGUCAAGGGCAAGAGACUUGUUCUAUGCCAUGUGGAUACCAGAUUUGUUUAUGAAGCGGGUAGAAUCUAAUGGUGAUUGGACCCUGAUGUGUCCUCAUGAAUGUAAGGGACUGGCCGACUGCUGGGGAGAAGAAUUUGAAAAGUUGUAUACAGGGUAUGAAAAGGAAGGACGUGGACGUAAAACAAUUAAAGCCCAACAGUUGUGGUAUGCCAUCAUAGAAUCUCAAACAGAAACUGGUACCCCAUACAUGUUAUACAAGGAUCACUGUAACAGGAAGUCAAAUCAACAAAAUCUAGGAACCAUUAAAUGUAGUAACUUGUGUACAGAAAUCGUGGAAUACAGCAGCCCUGAUGAGGUUGCAGUGUGUAAUUUGGCAUCCAUAGCAUUGAAUAUGUAUGUUAAACCAGAUAAAACAUUUGACUUUGAGAAACUGAAGAUGGUGACUAGAGUCAUUGUAAGGAAUCUUAAUAAGAUCAUAGAAGUCAAUUAUUACCCUGUUCCUGAGGCCAAAAGAUCUAACUUCCGACACAGACCUAUUGGUAUUGGAGUUCAGGGACUAGCAGAUGCAUUCAUUUUGAUGAGAUUCCCAUUUGAGAGUGAAGAGGCCCAGAAACUGAACCGGGAAAUCUUUGACACUAUCUACUAUGCAGCAUUGGAUGCCAGUUGUGAUCUAGCAGAGAAAUUAGGUGCAUAUGAAACAUACAAAGGCUCACCUGUCAGCAAAGGGAUUAUGCAACAUGAUAUGUGGAAUGUUAAAGACACUGGCAUCAAUGACUGGGAUACCCUGAGAAAGAAGAUUGCAAAACAUGGAAUAAGAAACAGUUUAUUAUUAGCUCCAAUGCCUACAGCUUCCACUGCACAGAUCCUGGGUAACAACGAGUCUAUAGAAGCUUACACCAGUAACAUCUACAGCAGGAGGGUAUUGUCAGGAGAAUUCCAGAUUGUAAAUCACCAUUUGUUGAAAGAUCUGACAGAACUUGGAUUGUGGAAUGAAGAUAUGAAGAACAAGAUUAUUGGUCAUAGUGGAUCAAUCCAGAAUGUUGAUGAGAUCCCAGCAAAACUGAAGAAUCUGUAUAAAACUGUAUGGGAAAUAUCACAGAAGACAAUCAUCAAAAUGUCUGCCGACAGAGGGGCUUUUAUUGACCAGAGCCAAUCUCUCAACAUCCACAUAGCUGAACCAAACUACGGAAAAUUGACCAGCAUGCACUUUUAUGCCUGGAAAUUGGGUUGUAAAACCGGAAUGUAUUAUCUUAGAACCAAGGCAGCAGCCCAAGCAAUUCAAUUCACAGUCGAUAAGGCAAAGCUGCAGCAGUCUUCCACAACUAAAUCUGCUGAGAAAUCAGAGUCAAAGACCGAAGGAGAUAAACAAGACAACAACAUGGCAGCUAUGGCCUGCUCACUGCAGAACAAAGAUGACUGUCUUAUGUGUGGAUCAUAGUGUUAAUUUGUCAACUUUUGUCUGUCUGUCUCUCGUGCUCAAGUUGUCGCAUUGUGUUCAUUAACUUAUUAGUGCAGAGAAUAGUUUAGGUCUGGCAAUGUUAAAAUUACAGUGAAACCUGUCUAAACCGAACUUUAUAGGGACCAAAGUUUUUGUUUGGUUAUUGCAGAGGUUUUGGUUAAAUCAGGUUAAUAUCUCAUGUUUGAUGUGACUACUUUUAAGAACAUGUUUGGUUUAGUCAUGUUAUUGGUUAAGCCAGGUUUCACUAUAUCUUGAAUCUCGUAGAUAUUGUUUCUAAACUACAUUAUAGUUUAAGAUCAUGUAAUGCCAUACUAUUCUCACUAUAUUAGUGCUCAACUUUAAUCUUAUUUGACUAAAAGUUGUAUUGGUCAAAAAUGAAAUAUUGUAAUUAUCUAGCUUUCUUCCUUUCUAAAUGUGUAUAGGUGGAGAAAUGGGCUUUUCUUCCAAAACUGUGCCUUUAUGUAUUUAAAAUGCAGUGUUUAAGAUAAUAGUUUCCGAAAUCUGCUUUAUCUUUCAGUUUAUAAGCAUUUAGAAGUCAAAACCUGAAUUAUUUGAGUUACAACAAUCUCUUAAGUUUUGGGGGAAAUUUAUUUUAUUUAGGAGCUGGGCUGACCUAAUGAACAUUAUACUAUUACUUCUGAUAUUUGUGAAAUGGUCUCUCUUAAAAUCAUGUAUGGUAGUUUCAAGAAAUUAUUCAUUAAAUAGAAACAAAUUUGAUAUGUAAUAUUUUUAAAUUAUAAAAAAUGGAUGUGAUUAUAUUGUUAUGUUUGGUAUAAUUGUGGAGUUUCUUAGGAAUUACUGAAGUAAUAUGUUGUGUUAAUAUUCAGUUGCCAUAUACAUGUGUCCUUUAAUUAUAGUAAUAUUUAUAGCUAUUUAUUAAAUCAACUCAAACCACA